AUGUUCAGCAGCAACAAGAUCUUCGCCGUGUGCAUCGCCGUCGUGGUGUUAUCCAGUGGCAUACACGCUGAGAAGGAAGUCGCCGAGACGUUUGGCCGUUACCGCAACCAUGGCUUGGGUGUGGUUGUUGGCGGCGGUGUCGGUGUUGGCGUAGGUGUCAACGGCGGUGUCAGAUAUGGUGCGCCGAGUUAUGUCGGCUACGGCUACGGCUACCCUGCGGGUACGUCAACUGGCGGUGUCGGAUAUGUCGCCGAGACGUUUGGCCGUUAUCACAACCAUGGCUUGGGUGUGGGUGUUGGCGUCGGUGUCGGAUAUGGUGCGCCGAGUUAUGUCGGCUACGGCUACCCCGGUGUCGGCGGUGGAGUCGGCGUAGGUGUCAACGGCGGUGUCGGAUAUGGUGCGCCGAGUUAUGUCGGCUACGGCUACCCCGGUGUCGGCGGUGGAGUCGGCGUAGGUGUCAACGGCGGUGUCGGAUAUGGUGCGCCGAGUUAUGUCGGCUACGGCUACCCUGCGGGUACGUCAACUGGCGGUACAGCAGGUGCGUCGACUGGUGGUGCAGCGGCUGCGUCGGCAAGCGCCACAGCAAGUGCCUCUGCGAACGCUGGGGCUGGAAAUGGAGCCACGUACCGCAAGCUUCGCUCGGCGGCGUAA